CUGGCAGCAGAUAUGACCGUCACCUCGUCAAUGAGGCACUGCAUAAUGAUGGGCUAUAACGAUGUCUUCAAACAGAAAGCCAACAUGUUCAGUGAGCAUCUUAGGGAUGGUGAUAUGAUAAACGACUCUUAUAUGCACGACGCAGCACGAUUCAACAACAUUUAUGCUCUGGAAUUAUUACUGGAGAAAGGGUGUAUUGACCCGUCACGACAAAACGUGGGAGGUAACACGCCGCUACACGUAGCAGCAUAUAACGGUCACAAUGAAAGUGUAGAGAUGCUUCUCAGCAACAAAUCCGACCCCUCCGUCAUUAACGAGAAAGGAGAGUUGCCGCUACACAGGGCUGUGUCACGUGGCCAUAUUGAUACUGUCAAACUACUGAUCCCUGUUUCUGACAUCAACAUCACUUGCAAGGAUAACGUAUCAGCACUGCACACUGCAGCUCGGACCGGUAACGUGGACAUGAUAACACUACUUAUGAACAACGGGGCUGACACCAAACUACUCGACUCUAAGAACAGAUCAGUGCUACAUUACGGCGCGGUAUCAGGCGACAUACCAACCCUAGCUUUUCUUGUUAAGGCUGGCUUAUCAGUAACGUCUGUUGAUAACAACAACAGGAAACCUCGCAACACUGCUUUUAAUAACGAAGCUAUACAGUUUCUCAUCCAGUGCGAACAGGUUGCUGACCAACAAGAUGACCUGAUAUCUGUGUGUGACUCUCAAAUCAGUUAGAUCACAUUUUGUUGAAGGAUCACGUGUUCUAAUGUUCUUGUCACCUGGAGCUGGACUCCCGGGACUUCUUAGUGGGAAGUUGUGUUACUAUGGUAACUAGCAGUGUACCUAUGGUAACUUCUUAGUGGGAAGUUGUGUUACUAUGGUAACUAGCAGUGUAUCUAUGGUAACUUCUUAGUGGGAAGUUGUGUUACUAUGGUAACUAGUAGUGUAUCUAUGGUAACUUCUUAGUGGGAGGUUGUGUUACUAUGGUAACUAGCAGUGUACCUAUGGUAACUUCUUAGUGGGAGGUUGUGUUACUAUGGUAACUAGCAGUGUAUCUAUGGUAACUUCUUAGUGGGAGGUUGUGUUACUAUGGUAACUAGCAGUGUACCUAUGGUAACUUCUUAGUGGGAAGUUGUGUUACUAUGGUAACUAGCAGUGUAUCUAUGGUAACUUCUUAGUGGGAGGUUGUGUUACUAUGGUAACUAGCAGUGUACCUAUGGUAACUUCUUAGUGGGAAGUUGUGUUACUAUGGUAACUAGCAGUGUAUCUAUGGUAACUAUGUAGUAACUAUGGAGUUGUGUUGUUAUAAUCAUAUUUUCCACCUUUUCUACCCGACUUUCUUACAAGGCAGUUGGAAGAGGGAAACAUGUUAUUUUGUGUUGUAACUAGUAACCAAAGUAAGUAACAGUUGAACUGAUAGACUAUGUGAUGAAGAGUGCACUCAGAACUGCGAACUGGGAACUUUAAUAUGUAAAAAUAUCCAACAACACUAACAGAAAAGACUUGUAUUAUAAAAUGUUAAGGGUGAUUAUGGCUGUUAUUAUAGUGUUAUGCAAUGGCUACCAACCGACUGUCCUUGGAGUAUCGCCCAAAUAGAUUAAAUAAUUGUUCAUCACGCCUUUCAAUAGCAAUAUCAAAUAUUAAUAUAAGUCAGAGUAGUGCGAAAAUCUUUUCAUUUGUUUCUGAAUUUGUUAAGAAUACAAAACAAGAAGUGAUUUACAUGGGGUGCCCAGGUAAGAAGUGAUAGCUGCAAUUAUGUUUUGUGAUGUUUUUCUGUGUCGCAUUAGUUGAUUAAUAGAUUAAAGUUGGUUUGUGUCCGCCUUUUUCAUCCAUUGUUAAUGGACACCGUUUAGAGGAAGCUUGCAAAUUGUAACGAAUUUGUAUUGCAUUUGUGUGAUUUUAAUCAUUAAUGUCUACAUUUACUCAAAU